GGCACUUCUUAAAUAUUUCUGUACAAAAUUAGUGUUGUCUUUAUCCUUACUUUUAGUACAAACGUUCAGUUUAUUAGUGAUUGAGACCUACCAAAGCAUGUCGUUAGAAAAUAAGUAUAACCUAAAAAGCCCAGGGGUGAAACGUCUCAUGCGCGAAGCGCGAGAACUGGCCGAACCCACAGAAGAAUAUUUCGCCCAUCCGUUGGAAGACAACUUGUUUGAAUGGCAUUUCACAGUGCGAGGCCCCCCUAGCACGGAGUUUGAGGGCGGUUUCUACCACGGACGUAUUCUUUUACCCUCACAGUAUCCCAUGCAGCCCCCCAAUAUUAUUUUGUUAACACCAAAUGGGCGCUUCGAGGUGAACAAAAAAAUUUGCUUGUCUAUCUCUGGACAUCACCCGGAGAGCUGGCAACCGUCGUGGUCGAUAAGAACAGCCUUGUUGGCUUUAAUUGCUUUCAUGCCGACUCCUGCAGCCGGCACGAUUGGUUCCUUGGACUACACCCCAGAAGAAAGACAGAUUUUAGCAAAGAAAUCCAUCAAUUGGGAGUGUCAAAUUUGCGGUAAAAUUGCAGAGACGCUUUCUUCGCAGUCAAAAUCGUCAAAUAUUACUCAGGAAGAGGCUUCCCUUAUCCAGCAGAUUGCUCUCAAGGCGGAGGAAGAUGCAAACCGCAAAGAAAAAUCUGCAGAUAAAAAAGAAGAUUCUGAUGAGACUAAUGUUAGACAGAGAGUAACAAUAAACACCCCAAGUGCUGAAACUAUAAAUGAACCGAUUACGGAUGUUAUAAUGGAAACGGAAGUUUCAAUUAAUCCAAGUACUGUAGAUCAAGUAUUCAAUGUCGUUGUGUGGGUCAUCGUAUUUGUGAUAGUUCUCCUUAUAGGACGAAGAUUUUUCUUGUUGGAAUGAUAGUGAUAAAUUUUUCAUGUAAAUAAUUUUAAUCAUAGAGUACCUAAUCUGUAUACUAAAGCCAAAAACUACUAGAAGAUUAAUAAAUUGCUUCAAACUUUUGUAGACUGAA